GUUUUUGGUUUUGUUAAAUACAAUAAUAGAUGAACACCACAUGUAUUAUAUAUAUCUAGCAUACACACACACACACACACACACACAAAUACACUUUAUACUAGCAUGAUUACAAUUAAUGAGCAAUUAAUACAAUUAAACAAUGUGCAAUAACUUGUUGACAGGACAUUACCAAACAUAGUGAUUUAAAUAUUUUGAGAAGUAAUUCACGCAUGUGCAGAAGUCCAGGACAUCAACACUGUUUGUCUCCUCUGGCUGAUCUCAAAUCAAGUUUGGAAGUGAGAAUUAUUUGAGUUGUAGUGGGUGAGUGGGGAAACUGACAUGUAACAGGUCACACAGGUUUAGUUUCCGUGUGCUUUGCUUAUACUACAACAAAGACAUUUACAUUACAUCAGGACCAGAGAGCAUGAAAAUGAAUUUGUGGAAAGGCGUGUGUGUUUUAUGUGGUCUACUCCUCAAUUCUACAGGAUCAUUCGCCCAGGUAGAUGGGUGUGGUCAAGCUCCACUUAACACCAAGAUUAUGGGUGGUGAAGAUGCUGUUCCUGGGUCCUGGCCUUGGCAGGUCAGCAUUCAAACAGGUGUCAGCCGUCUCUGUGGUGGCAGCUUGAUCAAUAAGAACUGGGUCUUAUCAGCUGCUCAUUGUUUCCAAAGUGUUUCAGCAGGUUCUCUCACACUUUUUCUAGGAAUGCAAAAUUUGGAUGGAAGUAAUCCCAAUAUGCAGACAAAAAGCGUGACCAAAUUUUUCAUCCACCAGCAGUAUAGCGCAGUCUCCAAAAACAAUGAUAUUGCACUAGUCCAGCUCUCCACUCCAGUGACGAUCAAUGAUUAUGUCAGGCCGGUGUGCCUCGCAACAAGCAGCAGUUCUUUACCUGUUGGUACUAAUGUCUGGGUCACAGGAUUUGGUCGAAUCUCUUCAAAUGUAAAUCUGCCAUCUCCUCAAACCCUGCAGCAGGUGCAGCUGCCAAUUGUCAAUAACAGUAACUGUGCAAAGGCAUUUGGAGCUGAAACUAUCACAGACAAUAUGUUGUGUGCUGGCUUAUAUCAGGGAGGAAAAGACUCAUGCCAGGGUGAUUCAGGAGGUCCACUGUUGUCCAAGUCCAGUGGCGCAUGGACUCAGGCUGGGAUUGUGAGCUUUGGCAAUGGCUGCUCUUUACCUAGUUUUCCGGGUGUGUACACCAGAGUGUCUCAGUAUCAAGACUGGAUUAACAGCACCAUCAACAGCACCAUCAACAGCACCAGUGGCUCCACUAAACAUCCCCUUUCUUUCUCCAUCAUCUCCUUUCUUCUCUUGCUCUAUAGCUUCCGUUGAUAAUAGCCAAAUUAAACAGGACAAGACAUGAUGUAAUUUAACAUGACUAUCAUAUUCUGUAUUUAUUUUAUAUUCUAUAUUCUUCAAUUUUAUAUGUAGCUUUCACUAACUAAUGUUAAGUACUUACUUUGUAAAUCAACAAAUCAGCUUUUAUUUGUGAAAUGUGAAACAAGUAAAAAAUUUGGCAAUUUAAGGAUUGGUUUCUCUGUCUUUUGGCAUAAUUAUAUCAAUUAAUGCAUAAAUUGCAUAAAAAGCUACUUUUCCCCUUUGAUUUGUAAACUGAAUGAUUAUACAGCAUAAGUUUUCUUUAUUAUUGUAGAUCCAAUAAAUAUGAACCUUAUAAAUGAAAAACAUUUUUUGUCAUUUUUUUGGGUUCUGUACUAUAAUAGAUCUACUACAUAGAUAGAUGUAUCUGUGGAUAUAGAUACAUAU